GCACAGGAGCUGCACUCGGCUCUUUCUUUCUAUAAUUAUGCUGAUACAGACGUCUGCAUUAGUGCUGUAGAUAUACCGUGCAUUUCAGCUUUAGUGCGGUCUGUAAGCGAUGGGCAUUCCCAGUCCAGCACGUCGCCUUUGGAUACAGUGCGCGGUUCUUUCGUGUCUAAGGGUUGUGUGCUUUGGGAAAAUUGUCUAUUCUGUAUCAGAGGAGGUGGACAAGGGAACAGCUGUGGGAAAUAUAUCCAAGGAUCUCAAUCUUAUUGUUCAAGAACUGGAGUCACGAAGGUUUCAGAUUGUAUCCGGAUCCAGUAAGACGUAUCUCGAGGUAAAUUUAAAGACUGGUGUUUUAUUUGUGAACGACAGGAUCGACCGAGAGGAGCUAUGUCUUAGUGCAGCGAAAUGCGCUAUUAAAAUCGAGGCUGUCGCUUAUGAUCCCAUUACUUUUUAUCGUGUUGAAGUAAAUAUUCUCGAUGUCAAUGACAAUGCGCCGUCAUUCCUCGAACAUUCACACGUUUUAAAUGUCACCGAAUAUGCGUUUUCAGGGGAGAGAUUUCCUCUUCCUAUCGCCAAUGACCCCGAUGUGGGCAGUAAUUCCGUAAAGAGCUACAAGCUGAGUCCGAAUGAGCACUUCUCCCUGGAUGUACAGAGCGGUGGAGAGCAGAGUGUAUCUGCUGAGUUAGUGCUGCAGAAAGCUUUAGACCGAGAGAAACAGCCUGUGAUUCAGCUCCUGCUGACUGCUGUUGACGGAGGAAAACCUCCCAGAUCCGGGACUUUGCAGAUCACUGUUAACGUAAUAGAUGUGAACGAUAAUACUCCAGCAUUCAGCAGCUCUCUCUUUAAAGUCCGUGUGUCUGAGAAUAUACCCCCAGGAACAUCAAUAAUAACACUCAAUGCGACGGAUAUGGAUGAAGGAAUAAACAGCGAAAUCCUUUACUCCUUCGUUCAGCACGGUAAUGUGAAUCCGAUGGAUAUUUUCUCCAUCAAUCAGGACACUGGUGAGAUUACUACAAAAGCGGAUCUUGACUAUGAAGAAAACGCUGCUUUUGAAUUGCGCGUCCAGGCUCGGGAUAAAGGCCUCCCUCCUCGGAGUACUCAUUGCAAACUAUUGAUUGAAGUGGUUGAUGAGAAUGACAAUCCUCCCGAUAUAUCCGUAACAUCACUAAUGAACACAGUCAGAGAAGACGCGAAAGUCGGAACAGCUGUAGCUUUAAUUACGGUGUCGGACAGAGACGGAGGUAAAAACGGAGUUGUUAAUAUCCGCAUUGUUGGUUCUGUUCCUUUCAAACUGCAAUCUUCUAGUGAUAACUAUUACUCUUUAGUGGUUGACGGGCCGCUGGACAGAGAGAGCGCUUCUCAGUACAACGUCACCAUCACAGCUACAGAUGAAGGGACUCCGCCUCUCUCCAGCACCAGCGUUAUUACUGUGCACGUUUCUGAUGUGAACGACAACGCGCCGCGCUUUGCAGAGCCCGUGAUUAAUGUGUAUGUGAAAGAAAACGGCCAGGUGGGCUCUGUGAUUCACACCGUAUCUGCCUUUGAUCCGGAUUUAAACGACAACGCCAAAGUGACUUAUUCUUUACUGGGGAGUUCUGGCAAAGGCGCGCCCCCGUCAUCAGCCGUUAACGUGAACUCUGUGAGUGGAGAAAUCUACAGCCUGCAGUCUUUUAACUACGAGGAAGUAAAAACGCUGCAGUUUCGGGUUCAGGCCACAGACUCUGGUGUCCCUCCACUGAGCAGCAACGCGACUGUGAACGUUUUCAUCCUGGAUGAGAAUGACAACAGUCCUGGGGUUCUCCCUCCCUAUUCUGACCAGGGCUCGGUUAAUACUGAGAACAUUCCGUAUUCUGCUGAAGCGGGCUACUUUGUGGCCAAGAUCAGGGCUGUAGACGCAGACUCUGGCUACAACGCGCUGCUUUCUUAUCACAUGGCGGAACCCAAGGGAAGCAGUCUCUUCCGAAUCGGAAGCAGCAGCGGGGAAAUCAGGACUAAGAGGCGGAUGAGUGACAAUGACUUGAAGACGCACCCGUUGGUUAUUGUGGUUUCUGACCACGGAGAACCUUCGCUGUCGGCGACUGUGUCUAUUGAUGUUGUGGUUGUUGAAAGUACCGGUGAAAUCCAGACAUCGUUCCGACAGCUGCCGGUGAAGGAGGAGAGUUUCUCCGAUUUGAACCUGUAUUUGCUGAUCGGCAUUAUUUCGGUGUCAGUUGUAUUUUUACUGAGCCUGAUUAGUUUAGUAGCUGUAAAAUGCCACAGGACAGACGGCGGUUUGAGUAUACACAGCGCCCCAGUGAUCACCACACACCCUGACGGGAGCUGGUCUUACGCUAAAUCUACUCAGCAGUAUGACGUGUGUUUUAGCUCGGACACACUGAAGAGUGACGUUGUGGUUUUCCCCGCUCCGUUUCCGCCUGCGGAUGCGGAACUGAUCAGUAUUAAUGGAGGGGACUCUUUUAAACGGAACCACACUCUCCCCAACAGCGAGAAGGUAAGAAUAUGGCGUUAUCAGGUCGAAUCUGCGCGGAAAACACGGGGCGUCGCUGUAGACCAUGAGAGUGAGGGGCCCUGGUGCGUUUCCGGGGCUCCGCCUUCAGCGAUGCUUGCGUAG